AUGAAAACCAAACAAAAAGCCCCAAAGUUGGAGCGUAUUGAAGGUAGGUUGGUGAAACAUGGUUCUGCAAGGAGUUUCUCGUAUCAAGAGAUAAACAGGGCUCUCUAUAUACGAGGCGAUACGCCAUUCACAUCAGCUGUGAAACACGUUGAAAAGAUGCUCGAUAAACUCUCGGCAAAGACAGGCAAACGAGGAGUGGAAUCUUUUGGAAACACCAAGUUUAUUACGGUUAUUGGAAUGGGAAAAGCCAUCGAGAAAGUGCUUAGUCUGGGUGUGUUCCUCAAGGCCGAGAAGCUGUACAGGGUUGAUGUAUUGACGAAAUCGGUGGGAGUACUGGAUGAGUUCAGGAAAGAGACUAAGUCCAGUAGGAUCAUUAACCACGAGACUCAGACUGAAUCCUUGAAUACUUUCAGCGAUACUCCGGAACGCGCUGGAGAGCAUAUCGUAGAGCUGGCAGACUCGUCAGAUGAUUCGGGUGACGACUCGGAGGAUGACAUAACCAUGAGAAAGAGGAAUGUGAGCGCGGUAGAGCUCAGGGUAUGGCGAAAGAUGGUUUGA